AUGUGGAUAUGGCAGCUAAGGACGCAUUGUCAAGAAAAGCAUAAAGACAGCCGUGGCCAAGGUAAUUUAACUACAUUUUUAAGCAAAACAACGGUAAACAAAAUAAUAACUAUAUUCGAAAAUGAAAUUAAAUUAAGAAUAGCAAACGAAGUUAAAGAAGCUGGAAAUUCUAGUGUUCAAAUUGAUUCGACCCAGGAUAUUAGCGUGGUUGAACAAUUUUCAAUUAUAGUUCGCUAUAUAGAUAUUGAGGGUAAAGUAAAAGAAAGGUUGUUAGAUAUUGUUCCAGCGCAGAUAAGUACUGGACUGGCUCUUAAGACCAAAUUAAUAUUUGUUUUAAAUAACUUAGACCUCGAUAAGACAAAAAUAAUUGGCUGUAGCUUCGACGGCGCAGCUAAUAUAUCAGGGGUCACAAAGGGAUCCGCCAAUCGAGGAAAUUACAUGGACCUUCUAAGUUUUAUAUCAAAAUACGAUGAUACCAUAAAAAGCCAUUUUAUUGAUUCAAAGACUUUCCGAGGUACCUUAAACAGAAUCCAAAAUGAUUUAAUUAAAUGCACUGCCGACGUUGUGAUGGAUCACAUUAAAAGUGAAAUUAAAAAAGCACCUUUCGUAUCAAAUGCGCUUGAUGAAACCACAGAUGUAGCAAACUUAAGUCAAUUAUCCAUUGUUGUGCGAUAUGUAUUGGACGGCAUUCCUCAAGAGCGAUUUUUAGGAUUUUUGGACGUCACUAGCGAACGAACUGUAGAUGCAUUGUUUAAAAUUGUUUGUGACAUUAUUUCAAGUUUAGAAUGUGGUUCUAAGCGUGUUGCCCAGAGCUACGAUGGUGCUGCCGUAAUGGCUGGCUAUUUAGGAGGCCUUCAAACUAAAAUGAAAGAGAAGUUUAAACAUGCAAUUUUCGUUCACUGUAUAGCAUAUAGACUUAAUUUGGUUUUAUCGCGAAGCAUGGAUAAUAUUAAAGAUUGCAAAUUUUCUUUUUGA